AAUGGAAUUGACGGCGUCAUUGCUCCGCGGAAAACGGCGUGAGAAUCCAUGAGGUGUUCCUGAGCGAUCUUUCCUACAGAGAGAGAGAGAGAGAGAGAGAGAGGGGUUGGUUGUUGAAUAGAAUAGAGUAGCCAAGUUUUGCCCAAUUUGCCUUUCGCUUCAAGUCGACACCUCUUUUUUUUCGUCAACGAAAACCUUAAUAAAACCCUCUUCUCUGAUUUUCCCAAUACACAUAUAUAUCUUUUUCUCUAUCUUCCGAUAAUUAAUCUUUCUAUAUAUCAUCUGAACCAGUCUUAGAUUUACAUCCAUGGCCACCACUGGAAACAAAAACAUCAACGCCAAAUUGGUUCUUCUUGGAGAUGUUGGAGCUGGAAAAUCUAGUUUGGUAUUGCGUUUUGUUAAAGGCCAAUUUGUUGAAUUUCAGGAAUCAACCAUUGGUGCUGCCUUUUUAUCACAAACAUUGGCUGUAAAUGAUGCGACUGUAAAAUUUGAAAUAUGGGAUACGGCUGGUCAAGAGAGAUACCAUAGCUUAGCUCCAAUGUACUAUAGAGGAGCUGCAGCUGCAAUUAUUGUAUAUGAUAUAACAAAUCAGGCCUCAUUUGAGAGAGCAAAGAAAUGGGUCCAAGAGCUUCAAGCACAAGGUAAUUCAAACAUGGUCAUGGCUCUUGCUGGGAAUAAAGCUGAUUUGCUAGAUGCGAGAAAGGUGCCAGCUGAGGAAGCACAAAUAUAUGCACAGGAAAAUGGCCUUUUCUUCAUGGAAACCUCUGCAAAAACCGCAACCAAUGUCAAUGAAAUUUUCUGUGAAAUAGCAAAGAGGCUACCCCGAGUGCAGCCUGCACCAAAUCCAUCAGGAAUGGUUCUUAUGGAUAAUAGGCCAGCAGAGAGAACAGCGAGUUCUUGUUGCUCUUAAAGCUUGUUGGCGGCUCUCAUAACUCUGAAUUUCACUGGUUUGUGUACCAUUUGUUUAAAAAUGUACAGUGAUGCAGUUUAAAGUUUUCGUUUCCACUUAUUAGACGGUGUUAAUAUUCAUUUCUCGUGUAAUGAAAUGUUUUGGUAUUGUUUAAUUAUGCUUUCAAAUACUUUGUGUCGUUUAAAAUCAAUAAAUAAACAUAUUGAGGUGAGA